AUGGAGUCUCUGGAAAGAACUUACCUUGUGAAUGCUAAAGCCACCAGGAUGUAUGCCUGCACAUUAGACAGUAUCGAACUCCAGCAGAACACUGCAAAUAAAGAUCAGGGUCCAGGAGAGAGAUCAGAGCAACUGGAGCCAGGCAGCAUCCACCACUGCCACAGCAACUCCAAGGCCACAGAGAGCAGGGCGAAGGAGCACGUGCAUGCCAGGUGCAAACUGGGCGCUGCUUCGGCAAUAUGCCUCCUCCUCAUGAUCGCCGAGGUCGUGGGUGGGCACAUUGCUGGGAGUCUCGCCGUCAUCACGGAUGCUGCCCAUCUCUUAGUGGACCUGAGCAGCUUUCUGCUCAGUCUAUUUUCCCUGUGGAUGUCCUCAAGGCCCCCCUCCAAAAGGCUGACAUUUGGGUGGCACCGAGCAGAGAUCCUUGGUGCCCUGCUGUCUAUCCUCUGCAUCUGGGUGAUGACCGGGGUGCUGAUGUACCUGGUGAGUGAGCGCCUGCUGCACCCUGACUACCAGAUCCAGGCCACCUUGAUGAUCAUUGUUUCUGGGUGUGCAGUGCUGGCCAGUGCUGUAAUAAGUGUGCUUUUGCAUCAGGGAUGCCUUGGCUAUAAUCACAAGGAAGUGCAAGCUAAUGCCAGUGUCAGAGCAGCUUUUGUGCACACCCUUGGUGAUGUGUUCCAGAGCGUCAGUGUGCUAAUCAACGCCCUUAUCAUCCACUUUAAGCCAGACUACAAAAUUGCGGACCCAAUCUGCACGUUUGUCUUUUCCAUCCUGGUUUUGGGCAGCACUAUGACAGUAAAGGACUUUACCAUCUUACUCAUGGAAGGGGCACCCAAGGGCCUGCAUUACAACAGUGUGAGAGAGCUCAUCUUAGCAGUCAACGGCAUGGCUUCUGUGCUCAGCCUGCACAUCUGGUCUCUGACAAUGCACCAAGUGAUUCUCUCAGUGCACGUUGCUACAGUGGCCGGCUGGGACAGCCACAUUGUUCGGAGAGGGGUGGCCAGAGCCCUCAGCAACAGUCUCACCGUGCACUCCCUCACCAUUCAGAUGGAGUCCCCAGCCGACCAGGACCCCAAUUGCCUUUUCUGUGAAGACCCCCAGGACUAGUGUGGCAACAGUCAGCUCCCUGCAUGUGAUGGGCUACAGCACGAAGCUAAGCAGUCCCUGGACAUCAGAAAUAACAACCAGAGAAGAAAUGUGAGAAAGUCAUGAUACGGUGCAAUGCACAUCUUAUGCUUCUUUAUUUAGCUCUCUCCACCAUGAAUGAAGAUGCAUUUAGUUUCAUCAGUCAACUGGAUUGUACAUUCACCAGUAGCUGUGUUCUAUUACAGGAACAUAUGUGUAGGUUACCCCUAACUCGGGUUGAAAUAACUGCUGUUUGUAAGCACAUGCUAUAGAAGAUUCCUGGAAGUGAGUGAGAAAGGAACAUCCUAUCAGGAAUCAGUGGUAGAAACAAAUACUCAUAUAAAAAUUCUCCAAAUGUGAAGAACAUAUAUAGGAGAAACCUCACCAGGGAUAAAAGAAUCUGAAGUUGUUAGAAACUGACCCUUGCACAACUCUUAAGCAACACCUUCUGGUUCCUAUCAAUAUCACUGUUCAUGAUCAGAACAGUGACUAAGACCAGGCCAUUCCAAGGACAGGAGUGAACCCAGCCAACAUGGCUUUUGCCUUCCUGGAGCUCUUUCUCUUUUUGGCAGAGAAUGGAUAAUGUACUCGAGAAUACACUACAACAAGUGCACCAAGUGAUAUAAAUAAGGAAUGAUUGAUUUAGAAUGAGGGAGGUUCACCAAUAAAUUCUUUCUGAGGAAACAGUACCUGUACUGAAAUGAGAAGAAAAAGUAGGUACUAGCCAAGUGAACUGUGGGAAGAACCAUAUUCUAGAAGCAAGGAAAUGAAUGAAAAACCUAAAGAACUGAUGCAUUUGAGUACCUGAUGAAGGCCCUUGUGUCAAAGUGUGUGCAAAGUAAGGGUUGAGUUAAAAUACACAAAGGACAUAAACCAGGAGAGAGAAACAAGGCCAAGGGAGAAAGGAACUGAGUCAGGUCUGUUUUAUCCUAACCUAUCCAUACUCUCUCUGUGAAUACUUUUGUUUUUGGCCAAGGAAUCUGUGUUGACAACCAGUCAUUAUUCUGGAAGUGCAAUCAAGAGGCAAGUCUGCCUUCCU